UCGACGGCACCUCCCUUUUCGACGCUGCUGGGCGUUGUAGUCUGGAUGCAGAUUGCUGACAGCGAGAGUGGAUGACGGCGGAACUACCUUUCCAAAGAGCCUUUGCGCCGGGCCUGCCUCUCCCUACGCCGCCGAGGCGUGGGGGCAAGUGUGCUGCUUCUGUAUCAGGGAGGGCGGCGGUUGAGGCUCACUGGUGGACAUCCGCGGUCGCCGUUAUGUCUCGUCUCCUGGGCAAGAUUAGCGCCAUGGGUGCCCGGGGGCUGUCGCUAAGCCCCGGGCCGCGCUGCUCCAGGAGCUUCUCCGUAGGCGGCUGCCAGCCGCCCCCGGUUAGUUCCCGCUGGGCUGAGAAAGGCUGGUGGCGGCCGGCGCUCACCUGGAGCGCGGGCGCUGCGGCGGUGCUAGCCGGAGUGGGGUUGGUGCGGCGGGCGGAGAUGGAGCAGCAGCAACCGCCACCGCGAAGGCACCAGCGACAGCAACAGGAGCCGCGGGAGGAGCCCGACGGCAGCAGCGAGGAGGACGAGCUGGCGCGGUGCUGCGCACGCUUCAUGGCGCCGCCGGUGAGCGGGCUGUGCGAGCUGCGGGGCCGGCGCGGGGAGAUGCGGAGCCGUAUGGAGCUGCUCAUCAUGGAGACGCAGAGCCAGGUGUGCCGGGCCAUGGCCCAGGUCGACCGUAGCGCCGCUUUCACCGUGGACCGCUGGGAGAGGAAGGAAGGUGGGGGAGGCAUCAGCUGUGUACUUCAGGAUGGUGAAAUCUUUGAGAAGGCUGGAGUUAAUGUGUCUGUUGUUUUUGGGAACCUCUCUGAAGAAGCGGCUCAACAGAUGAGAAGCAGGGGGAAAACUCUGAAGGGCAAAAGUGGAAAAUUGCCUUUUUGUGCGAUGGGAGUCAGUUCCGUUAUCCAUCCAAAGAACCCUUAUGUUCCCACCAUACACUUCAACUACAGAUACUUUGAAAUUGAGGAGGCAGAUGGUACUAAACAAUGGUGGUUUGGUGGUGGAACAGACCUUACUCCAACUUACCUGGACAAAGAUGAUGCUGUUCAUUUCCACAAAACUCUGAAGGAGGCCUGUGAUCAGCAUAAUCGAGAGCUGUACCCUAGAUUUAAGAAAUGGUGUGAUGAUUACUUUUAUAUCAAGCACCGAGGAGAACGGCGAGGGAUUGGAGGCAUAUUUUUUGAUGAUCUGGACUCGCCUUCAAAAGAAGAAGUCUUUCAGUUUGUGCAGAGUUGUGCCCAAGCCAUUGUGCCUUGCUACAUUCCCAUUGUGAAGAAACACUGUCGUGACACAUUCACACCAGAGGAAAAAUUGUGGCAGCAGAUCCGUAGAGGGAGGUAUGUCGAAUUCAAUCUUGUUUAUGACAGAGGCACUAAAUUUGGACUUGCAACACCAGGAUCUAGGAUUGAAAGCAUUCUUAUGUCUUUGCCACUCACUGCCAGAUGGGAAUAUAUGCAUUCACCUCCAGAGAAUUCCAGGGAAGCAGAAAUCCUAGAAGUUUUGCGCCACCCAAAGGACUGGGUACACUGACAAGCAGUGUUGGCUGCGUACAGCAGGCCACGAGGAAAGUGCAUCAACUCCUGCCCGCUUGCUCAUCCAACUGUCUUUAUGUGGCAGUUACAUUUUUGUCUCCUUAUUCUCUUCUCACGUGCCUUAGAAAUAGUGUUUCAGUUUCGAUAUAUUUACGUGUUCACUUGAAAAGCCACAAGCUGCUCCAUUUGCACUUUCUUGAUGGGAGGUUUGCCAGGCCAUUUGUACCGGUAUGAGACAGUAGGGCAAGGUGUGAUGCGCUCCAAAGGUGAUCAGCAAACACACACCCUCCUAAGCUUUAGGCUCAGAAGGAGCAGUCUGUGAGGUGCCUUGACCGUGGUUAAAAUACUUUGUUCCUGACAUGGCCUUUUCUGAGGGUCCAAAGUUCUUUGCUUGGCAUGCUUUCGGUGUCUGGCAUAGGUCUUGUUUUUAAUCAGCAGAAUUACCAUUCAUUAGAAAUGGUUUCAGAUAAAACCUACGCCCUAGAAGAGAAAAUCUGUCAUGUUUUAACCACUGUAAAGCUGGAGUUCAAGGGGAGUACUGCCAAAGUUGGGCUGCGCCAUCCAACUUACGCUAAUUGUACAAAAAGUACAUGGGGAAGUGAAAAGUUCAGGUUCCUCUAAGAUGGGCUCGCUGCUCCCACCACCUCUACUGUAUAAAUUACAUUACAUCACGUUAUUGUGUAUAAAUUACAAUAUAUUUGGGAAAGGGCUGUACCUCAGCGGUGGAGCAGAUGCUUUGCAUGCAGAAGUUCAGUCGCUGGUGCCUCCAGGUAGAGCUGGGAAAGGGCUGCUUGAAACUCUGGAGAGUCUCUGCCGGUCAGUGUCAGUAUUGAGCUAGAUCGAUUAAGGGUCUGAUGUGGUAUAAAGCAACGUCCUUUGUUCCGACAUGUGCAAACAGCCGGUAUUUUUCCACAUGCCUAGGGUAGCGCUUAAGCCACUUGCUGGAUGAAAUCUUUCAGCCUUGGCCCACAAGAAUCUUUCUUUAACCUAGUACAAGGUUUUCCAAAGCAGUGGAUCACUUCGCCCUCAGGACUUGGAAGAGUGGUGGUGAGGAGUUUCUACAGGACCAGAAGCUUGGCUAACCUCAUCUGAAUAAGAAUGGGCAGUGGGAACUCAGACCAAUUUCACAAGUGAUGCUCUUCUUGUAUCUCCCACAUUUGUAAAUAAAAUGAAAAGGCUGUACGGAUUAGAAUGUGUGUAUUUAAUUUUUGAGUUCUGUCUCGCUAACCACAUUCACAAGAGGUUCAAAACCACCAAACAAAAAGUGCUCCUAAUGACACUCUGAAAAUGUCCAUAGAGGGGUGAGGCAAAGUAAGAUAAAGUUUAUUUUUAUCCCACUUCUCAGCCAAAAGGUCUGAAAAGCUGCUCUUAAAGAAUUCAAAUUCAAACUGAACCUGUCUGAGUUGGCAGCAUGCAUUGUAGGGAUGUAUGGAGAGGGAAACUGAAUAUGAAGAGAAGUGGCAGAAAUAGCUGGGAAUGUCUUGGAGCAAAACCUAUUUCUGCCACAUCAAAUUUGUGAGAAAAGGAUGCUGUGAUCUCAGGGUUACUGAUCAUUUUAUAAAACAUUAAUUGUGCCUAUUCUCAUGAAUGGUGCCCCUAUGAUACAAUUUUCUUUUUGAAUUGCACAAUACUUGUUUUUAAUAAUGUGAGUCUGCAUGUACUUUUCUUAGAAUUUUAAGGUAAUUUUUUCCAAAGUCUCUGUUCCCCUUCCUAGAUAUGUAGGAGCAGAGAUGUCCUUGUUCAUUGGCCAUGCUGACUGAGGCUGAUGAGAACGGAGUCCAGCAACAUAUGGAUGACCUCAAAUUCCCCACCCAUGAUUUUAAUUUUUCAGUGUAUAUUAUACACUGGAAGGAUGCAAUUCUAUGCACACACUUGGGAGGAAGCCCUAAUGAACUAAGUGGGACACUUCUGAGUAAACAUAUAUUGGAUAUUUUGCUUCUAGCUUUAUAGGCUUAAGUUUGUUCUGUGUGUGUGUGUUUAAACUUCCCUCAGUUUUUCACUCAAUGCAGAAAAUGGAGGGAUCUGAGGGAAGAGAGCUGAAGACAUACCAUGCGCUUUGCCAUGUUUUGUAGAAUCCUAGAUUUGAUUGAAUCCCUGAAUAUGUUCUGUAUUCUGCAACAAUUGACAGUUCCCAGCAUCAUGUGCUAAGAGUGUUGCUUGUUAAGUAAUCCAGUUAAAUGUUUUAGCAAUGCUAUGACCGUUAACAUUGCUCCUGCUUUGAGACUUGGAUCAGAGAGAUUUGCAGUUGCAUUAAUUGGCUGUAACAAUACUUUAAAACAUUGUUCAUCAUUCAAGAAAAAGUAUUGCAUAGGAGUGUUUUCAGUUUCCCCUAGGAUUUAUUUUUAAUUUAAGUCCUUGGGGCUUGAAGGUGGAUUUUCUCCCUUGAAUUUUUCCUGUUCUUCCACGCUCCCUCCCCAACAGCCUUCAUAUCGUUACAUUCAAAUCUGCACAAUCUCAGAUUUAUUUUGUGCUAUCACAAAAUGUUGUUGACUUUAAUGUUCUGUUGCCAGCUGAACUUGUAAUUCUUCUCUACUGUGAAACUAAAUUAAAUAAAAUGGCUACGAACUUG